AUGCCGAGCUUACCAGCGUCCGUCGACUUGGACGAGUGCAUCUCGCGCCUCUACAAAAAGGAACUCCUGGCAGAGUCGGUCAUCGAAGCAAUAUGCGCCAAGACGAAAGAACUACUUAUGCGCGAGAGCAAUGUGGUCCACGUGCGGGCUCCCGUCACCGUAGUAGGCGACAUUCACGGCCAGUUCUUCGACCUGAUCGAGAUAUUCAAAAUAGGGGGCUUCUGCCCUGAUACGAAUUAUCUCUUUCUAGGCCUGUCGCCAUCAAUCCAUUCCAUUGAUCAAAUCAAAAUCAUAGAUCGCUUCCGUGAGAUCCCCCACGAAGGUCCCAUGGCGGAUCUAGUAUGGUCGGACCCGGACCCCGAACGAGACGAAUUCUCCCUCUCACCCCGCGGAGCCGGCUAUACUUUUGGGGGCCAGGUAGUCAAGAAGUUCCUGGCCGUGAACAACAUGUCUCAUAUCCUGCGGGCACAUCAACUCUGCCAGGAAGGUUUCCAAGUGUUAUACGACGACAGGCUUAGCACCGUGUGGAGUGCCCCAAACUACUGCUAUAGAUGUGGUAAUAUGGCUAGUGUGCUGGAGGUGAGCGACAACGGAGAGAGGUUCUUCAACGUCUUUGCGGCGGCACCUGAGAACGACCAGCACAAAGACAUACAUCCGGGAAAUGAAAAGGCCGCUGAUGGUAAUGCACUGCCGGAUUAUUUUUUGUAG